AUGAAGAGAAAGGUUAUGGCAGAAGGAGAAGGUAGCUUCAAUAACAAUCAUGGAGUCGCAUGGUGGAGAGGAUCGUUGCUUGGCAAAGGAGGGUUUGGUUCUGUUUAUCUCGCCUAUUUGAAGAAACCCAAAUCAAGAAACGCGUUUUAUCGGCCAGUCAUGGCUGUUAUAUCGGCGGAGGUCUCUUCAUCAAGUUCUCUUCAGAAGGAGAAAGAGGUUUUCAACAAUCUUCAUGACUGUCCAUACAUUCUUGAGAGUUAUGGUGAAGAAACUACUGUGAGUGAGAAUGGACAGAUGGUCUACAAUCUGUUGCUGGAGUAUGCUUCUGGAGGAACCCUAGCUGAUCUUAUAAGGAGAUCGGGUGGCUGUGGAUUGCCUGAAUUGGAUGUGAAGAGAUACACAAGGUCUAUUCUUAAAGGCAUCGAUUAUAUCCAUAGCCAUGAUUAUGUUCAUCGUGAUUUGAAGCCAGAGAAUGUGUUGCUUGUGCCCAGUGGGAGUGGUGACUUUGUGCCCAAGAUUGGGGAUUUUGGGUUAGCGAAGAAAGUUCAGAAGACAAAGAGGAGAAUGUUUGAUUCAUCUAUUGCAGGGACUAUUUUGUAUAUGGCGCCAGAGACUUUGGUUGAUAAUAUUCAGGAAUCUGCCUCUGAAAUUUGGGCUCUUGGAUGCAUAGUUUUUGAGAUGUUCACUGGGAAACCACCUUGGGGUUUGAACCCUAAUGAGACAAUUGAAGAACUUUGCAAAAGGAUUGCUGAUGGAUUGGAAUUACUUGAAAUUCCAUCUGGGAUAUCAAAGGAUGGGAAGGAUUUCUUGAGAGGAUGCCUAGUGAAGAAUCAUAAGUUCAGAUUCACAAUUGAGAUGUUGCUGAAUCAUCCUUUUGUAUCAGGAAUUGAUGACAGAAUACUUGGUGAGAUUCUAGAUGAAGGGUCUGUGAACUCAUCUGUGACGUACGGUUUCUCUCUAGACUCUUCUUCUUGCUCUACUUCCUCUGAUCCAUCUUUCCCCCUCUCUGCAAAAUUUUUCCUGAGCUUCCUCCAUGCUGAUGGACAAGAUCAAGCACCCAAGAACUUCACCAUGUCCAAGGAGAGCAUGAAGGCUGCUCUAGAGGCCUUUAAGGCCGGCCAGUCAGGUGCGAAUGUGACCUGCGAAGUUUUUCAUGCAGUCUCUCCCACUGUGGCAGGUCGGAUUGCUGCCCCUGCUUCUUCCCGAGCGCUGGUGCCCGUGGCUAAAGGCUCUCGCUUCCUUUGUGCCGAUGGACAAGAUCAAGCCCCCAAAAACUUCACCAUGUCUAGGGAGAGCAUGAAGGCCAUUCUGGAGGCCUUCAAGGUCGGCCGGUCAGUUGCGGAUGUGACUCGUAAAGCUUUUCAUGCAGUCUCUCCCACUGUGGCAGGUUGGACUGCUGCCCCUGCUUCUUCCCGGGCACUGGUGCCCAUGGCUAAAGGCUCUCGAUCUGUGGCCUCCAGGGCCUCCACUCAGGGUAAGGCUCCGGGCUCCUUCAAGUCUUCGAUGGCUUCAAAGCCCAACCCCACCUCCAAUCCAACCUCCCGGGAGCCCAUCACCAUCAAUGAGUCCACUGAGAGUGGCUCUAAGGAGGGGACCGAGAUCACUCCUCUAGCGAUUCAGUCUCGCCAGGCUGCUACUACUGUCGUAAUUGGUAAGGCUGCUGGCAAGUGA